CUUAACAACCAAUUAAGCCCUACCAGUUAAGAACAAGUUAUGAUCACUUCGUGUAUGACUAUUUACUGUACAGUGUUUAUUGUUUUGGUUUCAGGCUUACAGCGAUUACAAAACGCGGCAAAUGACUUUCGAAAAUGUUUCUUAGCGUUCGUUUCUAUCAACUUUUGAUAUUUAUUUUCUAUGCAACGUGUUCUUUAUCGCUUCAGCCACUCGAAAAACAGGAUUAUAUAGACCAGUUUGAGAAAAUGAGUAAUGUGGUGGAGCCGUUCAGACAUAAUUUAACCGAGUGUGCGCGACAAACCAAGGCGUCCAUGGUGGACGUCGAGAACUUUCUCAAGAGAGUACCCCAGUCGUCCAUAGAAGGUAAGUGCUUCGUAGCGUGCAUGCUAAGGAGGAACUCCAUCAUAAAGAACAAUAAAAUCAUGGGGAGCCAUCUCCUAGAAAUUAAUAGAGCGGUAUACGGUGACGACGGCGAGAUACUGAGACGGUUAAAAUCCGCUAUCGUUCAGUGCACGGAUAUCGUCGAGCACAUAUUCGAGAUAUGUGAGUACGCGUCCGUAUUCAACGACUGCAUGCAUAUGAAGAUGGAGCAUAUUCUGGAUAAAGUGACGGUCGAACGUCGGAUGGAGGCUCUGGGACAAAUGACGUCAGAUCCGGAGGCCGAUUGGGAUGCUGAUGACGAUAUUUUGCAGCUGGUUAAAGACGAAUUAUAAGUUUCGCGUCGGCUUAAAGUAGUUUCAUAAUGAUUAAUGAUCAAUUUGCUUCGAGAACCCGAUGGAGGUAAAAAUGGUGAGAUUAAAAUGUCAAUUAUGUCCACCUACGUAGCUGACCUAUAGGAAGCGCGGAGCCGCCCACCAUAAUAGUGUUCAUUAAAUGCGGCCACUUGUCAGCUUGAACUUUAUAAAUACUUCUGAGAAUUUUCUUGUUAAAAAUAAAUUAUGUUGUAGACCCAAGUAUGUAGCUAUAGUGAUUUAUUAAAAUAUCAGCAUUGUUCCGAAAGUUGAAAUGAUUAUAUAGGUAUAUUCAUUCCGAUAACGAGGGAUUGAUAAAGAGAAAAAUAAGUUAUUACAAUUAUCUAUUUAAUCAAAAUGGUAAUAAAACAUGAAUGAUCUA